GUAUUUCUAAUCUCUUUUUUUCUGAUAGCCGAUAAUAACAUUCAUUUGUUUACUUUGUAUCGUUGGCCAUCAUGUGCUUCAUUCUUUCACUCUGGGCUCAAAACAGGAAGCUUGUCAUAAACCACAUGCCGUUUCCCUUUAGGAUCAGAUCAGCAGUCUGAAGGCAUGAUAUGGCGUGGCUGGCCUUCCUUCUUAUCUCCUGCCUUCAGACGGUCUACACAACAUGUCAGGCGAAUGAACAAGCUUCUCUGAAGUUUGUUGGGAUUGGAGACUGGGGUGGACUUCCUAUGUACCCCUACUACACGCCGCAUGAGUUCGACACGGCCAAUGAACUGGGCAGAAUCGCUAAGAGCUCAGGUCUGGACUUUGUCCUCAGUCUUGGAGAUCAUUUCUACUUCAGAGGGGUCAGGGAUGUAGAUGACACCCGGUUUAAGUCUACCUAUGAGAGUGUGUUCUCUCACCCCGCGCUGAUGGCCGUGCCGUGGUACCUGGUAGCAGGAAAUCACGAUCACCGUGGAAACAUAUCAGCCCAGAUCGCUUACUCAAAUAGAUCUGAAAGAUGGAUCUACCCAGACCUCUACUACGAGCUGAACUUCAAGGUUCCUCACAGCAACACUUCCAUCAUGGUUCUGAUGAUUGACACGGUGGUUUUGUGUGGGAACACCUAUGACAGGCUUGAACCUGAAGGUCCAGAGGAAUACGCUGCCGCUAAGCAACAUCUGAAAUGGAUCGAGAAGAAACUACAAAACACCAAGUCAGAUUUUGUCAUUGUGGCCGGUCAUUAUCCAGUCUGGUCCAUUGGACAUCAUGGUCCAACCAAGUGUUUGGUAUCAAAACUCAGACCUCUUCUGAAGAAGUACAGCGUCUCCUUAUAUCUGUGUGGUCAUGACCACAGUCUACAGUUUAUCAGAGAAGACGAUGGAAGUUCAUAUGUUGUCAGCGGAACUGGAGUUAAUGCGGAAAUUUACACAGACCACAAAAACAGCUUCCCGUCGUCUUGGCAACUGUUCUCCAACGCAGUCAAUCAGACGACAGGAGCAUUUGUGUACUUUGAAGUCAAUACAAGUGAGAUGUUGAUAAAUUACAUCCAGGAAGACGGGAAGUGUGUGUACCAGACAUCCGUCCCUAAACGUAAAGUCCAACUUUGACGUCAUUAUUACAUUUGCCCUAGUCUGCUGUCAAUGAACACAACAAUCACUUUGCCAAAAGUUCUUUCUAAUUGCACCAACAAAUUUUUAUUGUAUAUUUGAAUGUAUAUUUUAAUUUAGUUUUAACUGUAUUUUAAUUUUACAUUUGCUAUGUACAAAAUAAAACAUUUUUAUUGCUGAGAUUGAAAAAAAUACAGUCUUACAUAAAUGUGCACUGGUCUUGGACUUUGUAUAGACAAAA